AUGUUAUCGAACCUCAUAUUGGAAAUGUUAAAGAAUGAGCCUUUAUUCAGGGCACAAUAUGUCUCUAGUAUUGCUCGGACUUUAGCUGCUUCUUUUGAUGGAGAGCUUUUUGACCUUCUUAUUGCUGCUGCUAUGGGAAAAAAGGGAGCAGUGAUAGAAAUGGAUUUUCCUAAAAGAUUUGACCCUCAAAAGGUAGACAUCUAUCUUAAGGUCGCUGAUAUUGUUUCUGAGAUAGAAAAGAUUCUUAGUGAAUAUUAUAUGGGGGUACCUAGAAAACAAGUCUUAGUGAUAGUAGACCCUAAACUCUUCUCUAGAGUUAUUAGAGGGCUGUUAGGAACCCAAAUUUUAAUGGAAAAGGCUUUAGAUUUCAUUCAAAACGAACAAAUUACCCCUACUGUUAUCUCGGGUAUUUCUAUUACUCGUCAUAUUGCUCUUGAUAAUGAAUUCCGUAAGACUUUUGGUUUUGAGGACUUCAAUACUUAUCAGGACCAUCUUAUCUUUAAGGCUGUUCGUUAUGGCUGCGAAAGGGUAGACCUAGAAAGUGGAGGUACUAUUACUGGUAUCUUAGCUGAGAAACCUUUUCCUGGCCAUUUAACAAAAACACAAGAAGAAGCUGUCAAAGAGGCUGUUGCUUGA